CUUGACCAUCGGUGCAUUCCCUAAACAUAACCGUUAACCAGUAAUGUUUCGGUAGUUCUAGUUUUCAUGAGAUGCAUGAUUUUCUUAAAAUCAAAACAACUUUCUGGUCAAAUAUUUAGGCUGGUCAAAAUGAAACUUUGGGUUAUGGAUUGAGUAAUUAUUUUGUACAUGUAUUUAUUUUAGCAUGGUAAUAAAUAUAGAAUAUCAACAUAAAAAAAUUCUUGACUGAAUGGAGAAAAGUAUGUAGAAAAUACAUAUUGCUUAGCUCACAUUUCUGAAGUGUUUAAAUGUUUAAUGUUUCAUAAUUUGUGAAUAGAGCCCAUGAGAUAAAAAGAUGGAAAUGGCUUCUUCAAUUUCGUUUGUGUAUAUACUUCCUUUUUUGAUAAUAGCUAAUGCAUUCCCAUGGAUUUUUGAUGAGUCUGUUAAAUAUUGUAAUUAUCUUCAAGAUGGUACAAGACAUCUGUAUAUUGAAACUUUGAGCAAAACUCAAGCAGUGCGAGUAAACUCCACACAUUUAAUUUAUUUUAAGUCGUGUGGUAGUUUUGUUACACAUGAAGAAUGUCCCUCUAAAUCUGUAGCUUGCAUUAAAGAUGUUGAAUUAAAUCAAACAUAUGGGUUGGGAACCCAUCUCAACUUUUCAGAUGAAGGCAUUUCCAUGUUAUUGGUAUCAAAGAAUGCAGGAAAAUGUGAAGAAUAUUCGAUAGCGAUACAGUUGGAGUCAAGGAAGGAUAAAUCAUCAUUUAUUGCCUACGAUAACAAAACUUGCACUUAUAAAGUGGCCACCAAAUAUUCAAAAAUCUUCAAAAAGACAGAAUGUGGACUUUACAUAAAUGGCAAAUACAUUGACUUUGAUCCGCUAGAUAUAACUUACACAGUAAAUGCUAAAGAAAAGAAUUUUAGUAUCAAACUCUGCGGCUUAAAUCCACAAUGUGGUGAAGGCAACAACGCUUGUGAAAUUACCAACGAUACACUAACGCCGAUUUCUUUAACAAGUUCUUUGCAGCGUUUUUUUUUGGGCGAGGAAAAUAUAGUUGUUAUUUAUGGUAAAACUCUUAAAAAUCCAAAUAACAGAACUGACAAAAAGUUUGAAGUUUUUCUUAAAUGCGAUUGGGAUAAGAUACAUGUAAGGAGUGAAGAUUUAAAGUACGUGCCCAAACCGAAGCAAGGUCAUAAGUUUACUUUUGAACUAAACACUUUAUAUGGGUGCGUUAAAAGGUCUAUGCCUUGUGUGGUACAGGAUCAAAAUUUUCUUUAUAAUUUAACAGGACUCUAUAUCGAACAUCCUGAGGCAUGGAUGGUUCAUCAUCCUAAAGACAAAUCUAGAACAUUUUACCUAAAUACGUGUAAUCCUAUCGCACCUACUGAAAAAACAUCUGGUUGCAAAAAUAAAUACACUGAAACAUGUGAGAUUGUUGAUGGCACUGAGAUAAAUAUUGGAUCUACUUUAACGCACUUACAGUUGGUCGAAAACGAUAAUAUAAUAAGAGCUACUAUUCAAAAUGGAGCAAAAUGUCGUAUAGGUCAAAAAGAAUCGCAGCGUAUGACGGUCAUUAAUUUUAGUUGCUCCUUUGAAAAUUCUGAUCCUAUAUAUGAUUAUGAGGAUAACUGUACCGUUUAUUUUUCUUGGAAGACUAAAUAUGCUUGUCCUUAUUAUAUUGCUUCAACUUGUAAUUCGGAUCACAAACAGAUUCAUAACUGUAAAAUGACUGUGGAGGGGCAGAACUUCGAAUUCGAUGCCCCUAAACCCAUUGGUGAAAAUUUAGUUUUUCAGUUUAACCUAUGUGGGGAAGUCAUUGAAAAAGAAGCUCCGUGUAUGAGAGGCUUUUCUGUGAUAAUGAAAAAUUUAAGUGAGCCCAAUGUAAAACGAAGAAUUGUGUCCCUCGGAAAAUUAUCCAAUGUAUCCAUAAAUAAUAAAACUUUAGUAUUUGAAUACAACACAGGCCAUUAUUGCGAGUAUGGUGACUACAAAAGUGAAAUUCGCGUGGAAUGUUCCGAUAUUGAGUACGAACCAAUCGUGGCCGAUCAUCAAAAAAAAUGCCACUAUAUAUUUUUAUGGAGAACGAAAUAUGGAUGUCCAUUGCCCAAACAGACGAUCGAAAGUAAAAGAACAAAUUUUAAUGUUUCAUCUCAGGCAAAUCUAACGGUCACCACUUGUUUAGUUACCAGUCAGCUCAAUAAUUUCGAGCUCAAUUUACAAAAUGUUUCUAGUACAUUUUUGAAACACGAGCAAUGUCCAAAUAGGGUUGAGUUCAACAAAACAUCAAAGUUUGUAAAGUUAUAUUAUUCAAGUGUUGAUAUAUGCCGAUCAGUUCCUUCUACAAAUAUAUCUUACCAAGUAUACCUUAUCUGCCAAUACGAUAACGUUGUGAUACCAAAGAACAAUGACUGUCAAUUCUAUUUCGGCUACAACAAGAUGGAAUAUUGCAAUUUCUUCGAGAGGGAAAAUAAUGAUAGUAAUGUUGGUUUGAUUGUAGGAUCGUCAAUAGGUUGUUUAUUUGCAUUUGCUGCAAUAGCAGGAAUAAGUUUUUGGAAAAGGAGACGUUGCGUAUUCUAUAUCAACAGAGACGAAUUGAUAAACAUAUAUGAACGGAAUACCGAGUUGUAAAUGGACUUGGCCUUUAAAGAAAAGAUAUAUUAAUUGAGAAUAUCCCAGUGUCACUGUGAUUUGUUGGGUCUCGAACUAAGAGAUACCAAAUUAUACAUACAAAGCUUUACAGAUAGUUUUUAUGAGUCGAAUUUUAGUUUAGGUAACUAAGCCGUAUUAUUUAAUAUUUUUGUAGAUAAACCUAAAAGUAUUAUUUGUCAAGAUUUACCCGACGGUAAUUGCCAAAGCAGCAUUUCCUUAUUGUUUCUUUUUAAAUAGGUCGUACAUAAAAGUCCGUAUAAUGGAUAUGACGAAUUUUUUAGGAUAUAUUGCCUUUUUUAUUGUAGUUAAUAGUUUUUUUUGUACAACAGGGUUUAUUUCACGAUUUAAUUUUUAAGUUAGUUCCUAAUAUCUCUGAAAGAGUUCAUUGUGUUCUCGUUUUUCUUUAAAGCUAUGUUAAAAAAUGGCUAAUUCUAGUUUUUAGAUUAAUAAAUAAUACUUUUUUACGCGUAACUACUAUUGUUUUAAGAAUAUUUAGUUUGUUGCAAUGUGCCGUCCCUUUAAUUUAGUUUAGACUUUAAUUUAGUUAGGACUGGAUUUUGGAAAAAUCUCGUUUGGUUAUAGAUAAAUUUCUUUCUCAUCAUAUUAAACUAUAUGUUUGUAUGUAGAUGAUAUUAUCUUUGAAAUUUUAAAUUCAUGGUUAUAAAUAAAUUUUUCGAAAAAUAUAUUUUUUACAUAAUUAUAGUAAAAAUAUAAAUUUUACAGCUUACUAAAUCAUGAUUUUUAACAGGGCAUAUAUUUUGCUUUAUAGAUUUUAGUUUUAGUAAUAAUUUCAAUUUUUUUAAAAUUUUCUCCUGUGAUUUUAUCGUUUUCGAGUUAAACCUAUUUACUUUGAAUAGAUCAAUUGGUUAACCAAGCUUUAAUUUAAUAAAUGUAUUUUGUUUUUGGCAAUGUUAAUUCUAGUGGAUUUAAAAACAGUGUUCCUUUAAAAAAAAAUUAGACAUUUGUUAUCCAUACUUUGACAAACUCUAUAUAUUAGUGUUUCAUUAAUUUAAUCGUUUAACAUUUUCAAGCUAUUAAAUUAAAACUUUUUAUUAUGUUUAGCAUUUUUUAGUGUGAGAGAGAAAUUUUGUAAAGGCAUUACCAUAGGACUGACGUCACUAGUGCAAUCUUUACUAAAAUUAAUAACCUGUUAUAGAUGUUGCCAAUUCGGUCAUAUUAACAUACUGGACUGAUCAUCACAAUUAUUGUGAAGACUACAGAAACAUUUUUGUGAAAUUUAACAGCAAAAUGUUAAGUAGAUGUAAGGCAGAGAUUUCCGUUGCAGCAUGAAUAGAUCCAUAUGGUUCUAUGGGGUUUUAUUCCGAUGGACUGGCGCACGGCCUACAUUGCUUACACAGCGUUUCAAAGCACUUGAAGGCUAUAUUAUUACCUAUUUCAAAACUCUGUCUACUCUUUUAAGUAGUUGAACUUCUGGCUCUAAGUCACUCCAAAUUGAACCAUUUGCAAUGGUCAUUCGCCCUAUAAUCAUAAAAGUAUUUUCCUUAUGCAAAUCAACAAAAUGCCAAAACAAGUUUGCUUAAAUUAAUCGCAACCCUUGAUUUGUAAAUGUUCGGUAAUUUCACUUAGCUUUCCUAAAAAAAAAAGUAUAAAUAUGAAUUCAAGAUAGUGGCGUAUCUUUCUUAGGGCACUCUACUAAUCCACAGUUUAUACCCUUAUUUGAAGGGCUUACAACUACAUAUUAAAUUCUCGAAUGUCAUUUCUUGGGGGCGAGCAAUCCAAAUCCAGCAACUAAAUUCUAUAUUCCCAUAAAUGUUUUUCACAGAGUAAAGAUUCAAAAACAUUUUUUUAACUCAUUAGAAAACCAAAAGUAAAAACACUCAACAGUUGAAGGACGGUUGAAACUGAGAAACUGUUUUCUUGAAACUGGUUAUCGAUAGCGUAGAGUUUUUCAAAUUACAAAGGUUCCAUUGCCUUUAAGUACGGAAUGUACUUAUAGUGGUUCUCUAGGAAGUUUUACGGUUUUAGGUGAUUUUUAUUAAAGCUUAUUUACACUUGUUUUAAUUAAUUUCUAGUGGGCUUGGUAAUGUUGCAUAAAUUUUAGAAUAAGGAAUUGUUUUUUUUUUAAAUUUAUUUAACUUAUUUUCUCGUCGGUUAUUUAAUUCUAUUUUUUAUUAGUUAUAUUAUUCUAAUUAGGAUUAAAUUUAUUUUUAUGUUUUUUAAGGCAAAUCUAGGAUUAUCCUUUUAUUUUAUUAAAAUUAGGUCUUCAUUGAGUUGUUGAAGUCGGGUAAAAUGUUAUAUUUUUUAGAAUAAGAAAUUGUUUUUGUUUUUAUUUAUUUUCUCUACCUUAAUCUAUUUAUUUAUUAGUUUGUUUAAUUAAUUUGAAUAAUAAAUUAUUACUUUAUUUAUAUAAUGCAUAGUAAUAAUAGAAUAUGCCUUUAAGUAUGUUAUUUUUAUUAAUAAAUAAUGGAUAGAC